AAAACAUCGCCGUCAGUUGCCGGAAAAAUACUUCAUAGUGUAGAAGUCGCUCAAAUUUUCUAACGACGUGUUAAUUUUUCAUGUGAAGCUGUACAAUUUUGACAGAUUGUUUGCUCGAUGUUUAUUUAAUUUAUUAUAAUGAAGAAUUACAUGAUUUAUUUUGCACUUGCGUGCCUACUGCUGUCUGGAGUAGCCCAAGCUAAAAUUGAUGAAGAAGCGGAUCUCCCCACCGUUGAACAGGAUUUGGGUUCGUCUCGCGAGGCUUCUCGUACCGAUGAUGAAGCGGUUCAACGAGAGAGUGAGGCCAUCAAUAUUGAUGGUCUAAACCCCGCGCAACUUCAACAACUUCGCGACAAGGGGGAAAAAUUCGCCUUUCAAACUGAAGUCAACCGAAUGAUGAAGUUAAUCAUCAACUCCCUCUAUCAGAAUAAGGAGAUUUUCCUCAGAGAACUCAUCUCCAAUGCAUCAGAUGCCCUUGACAAGAUUCGUCUUCUAUCCCUGACUGACAAAGGCGUUUUAGAUACAAAUCCGGAGCUUUCAAUUCGCAUAAAAGCGGAUGUUGAUAAUAAAAUUCUUCACAUUACGGAUUCCGGUAUUGGAAUGACAAAAGCAGAUCUUAUUAACAAUUUAGGAACAAUUGCCAAAUCUGGAACAGCUGAAUUUUUGGGGAAAAUGCAAAGCAAGGAGAAUAGCCAAGACAUGAAUGACAUGAUUGGACAAUUCGGUGUAGGUUUUUAUUCAGGAUUCCUUGUCGCAAAUAAAAUGAUUGUUACCACAAAGCACAAUGAUGACAAACAAUAUAUUUGGGAGUCUGAUAGCAGCCGUUAUACUAUUCUUGAAGACCCAAGGGGUGAUACGUUGAAGCGAGGAACAACUAUCUCUUUGCAUCUCAAGGACGAAGCUAAAGAUUUCAUCGAUCAAGAAACGAUUAGGAAUUUGAUCAAGAAAUACUCGCAAUUUAUUAACUUCAAGAUAUACAUGUGGAGCAGUAAGACUAUUGAAGUUGAGGAUGAAGAAGUGGAGAAAUCUGAAGAGAAGAGCGAAGAAGUUAAGGAUGAUGUGGAUAAAAAUGAAGAUGAAGAUGUUGAGGUGGAAGAAGCAUCUGAAGAGCCCGAAAACAAGAAGAAAAAGACGAUUUCAAAAACUGUCUGGGACUGGGAGCUCUUGAACGAUGCUAAACCUAUAUGGAGUCUGAAGCCCACCGAGGUUUCUGAGUCCAACUACACCAACUUUUACAAGACCCUCACCGGAGACACACAAGAGCCCCUCGCCAAGGUUCAUUUCAACGCAGAAGGCGAAGUAUCCUUCAAGGCUCUUCUCUUCAUCCCAAAGGUUCAGCCCAGUGAUAGUUUCAAUAAAUACGGAACCAAGGCGAACAAUAUUAAACUCUACGUUCGCAGAGUCUUCAUUACCGAUACAUUCAAUGACAUGAUGCCAAACUACCUUUCUUUCAUUCGGGGAAUAGUUGAUUCGGAUGAUCUCCCUCUCAACAUCUCAAGGGAAAACCUUCAACAGCAUAAGCUAAUCAAAGUGAUCAAGAAAAAGCUUGUCCGUAAGGUUUUGGAUAUAAUAAAGAAACUGUCCAAAGAGGAUACCGACAAAUUCUGGCAUGAGUACAGCACCAACAUCAAACUGGGAGUUAUAGAAGACAAUCAAAAUCGUGCAAGGCUCUCUAAACUCCUUCAAUUCAAAUCCUCGAAGAAGGAUCUGACGAAUUUGAUUGACUACGUUGACAGGAUGAAACCAACACAGAAAGCGAUCUUCUACGUCGCUGGAAGUUCCGAAAGCGAAGUGAAAAACUCGCCGUUCGUUGAGAGACUCACCAAAAAGGGAUACGAAGUUCUCUACCUGACUGAAGCUGUUGAUGAAUAUGCAAUUUCUGCUAUUCCGUUAUUCGAAGGAAAGAAAUUCCAGAAUGUUGCUAAAGAAGGAUUUACACUCGAUGACAGUGAGAAGGGUAAAGAGAAGAUGGAGGAGCUGAAAUCUGCAUUUGAACCGCUGACCAAGUGGUUAAACACUAUUUUAAGUGAUCACAUCAGUAAAGCCGUUAUUUCCGAACGAUUGACUGAAUCACCGUGUGCACUGGUCGCUAGCAUGUUUGGCUGGACUGGAAAUAUGGAGAGAUUAGCUAUUUCCAAUGCCCAUCAAAAGGCUGAUGAUCCACAGAAAACAUACUAUUUGAACCAAAAGAAAACUUUGGAAAUUAAUCCCAGACAUUCACUGAUCAGGGAGCUAUUGAGGCGGGUACAGCUCGAUACGGAAGAUCCCACAGCCAAAGAUAUUGCAGUGAUGAUGUUCAAGACUGCCACGCUGAGAAGUGGCUACAUGCUCAAAGAGACAUCCAGCUUUGCUGAGAGCGUUGAAUUGUUGAUGAAGAAAACACUGGGAAUUCCUCUAGACGAGUUGCCUGAGGAGGAGGUGGAGGAGGACGAGGAGCAACAGGAGAAUGACAUUCUGGAAGGAAAGGAUGAGAAAACUGGUGCGGAAGAGGAGUUAGAUGCCGAGGAAGAGGAGAGCAAAGACGAUGAACACGAUGAACUUUGAAGAGUUGAGGUGUUAAUGAGUGAUAAAAUCAGUACUGAAAUUCUUUCAGUUGUAAUACUACUGAAAUUAGUGAACUGAAAAAUUUCACAGACAUUUUUCAUUGAGGAGAUUUCCAGCUUUGAAUAUUCUUUCUCUCUCUCCUCAUUCGCUCUUUCACGACAUUCGAUCAUAGCUCAUGAGCUUUAAAUAUAAGGAAAUAUUCGAGAUAUUCAGUAUGCUGUGAAUAUUUGUUGUUAAUCAUUCCGUUGUUUCAUCAAUAACGGAUUUGCUGACGAAAGAUCGCUCUAUUUUUUAUUGAAAAAACUAUCAUAGAGGGUCCUGAAAGAGUUUCGCCUCAUUAUAUUUACUCCUCAGAUUUAUAAAUAAGUUUCGCCAUGUUCUAUCAAACAACAAAUUGUCAACAGUGAUUUUUUGGUUUCCACCAGCCUAGCAUCUUGCAUGUUCCAUAUCGUCGAUUCAAUUACCAGUGACAUUCAAGUUUCAAGUUUAUCUCAUUUUUUCGAAAUCUAAUCUCUGAGAGAGAAGAAGUUCAUUUGAAAAUUGUAUAUGUGUGGAACUUUUCCAUUUCCUGUGAAUACAAAAUUAAGUGAGGAGUGUUUCAACAUUGUAUGUAAAUGCUAUUGUAAUGUGUAUGAAAUAAAAAAAACAAACAUUUACAA